GUACCGCAGUCAGAGACCAGAGUCUCCAGGAUCCAUCUGUCUGUCUAUGAAGAGUGACUGGUCCAAAGAUGAUCCUCUAAACUUCAGUAAAGAACCUGGACCCUCAGACACAAAAGGUCGGUACCGCAGUCAGAGACCAGAGUCUCCAGGAUCCAGCUGUCUGUCUAUGAAGAGUGACUGGUCCAAAGAUGAUCCUCUAAACUUCAGUAAAGAACCUGGACCCUCAGACACAAAAGGUCGGUACCGCAGUCAGAGACCAGAGUCUCCAGGAUCCAUCUGUGUGUCUAUGAAGAGUGACUGGUCCAAAGAUGAUCCUCUAAACUUCAGUAAAGAACCUGGACCCUCAGACACAGAAGGUCGGUACCGCAGUCAGAGACCAGAGUCUCCAGGAUCCAUCUGUCUGUCUAUGAAGAGUGACUGGUCCAAAGAUGAUCCUCUAAACUUCAGUAAAGAACCUGGACCCUCAGACACAGAAGGUCGGUACCGCAGUCAGAGACCAGAGUCUCCAGGAUCCAUCUGUCUGUCUAUGAAGAGUGACUGGUCCAAAGAUUAUCCUCUAAACUUCAGUAAAGAACCUGGACCCUCAGACACAGAAGGGAGGAAGAGGAGAGGAGUUGGUGUGGAGGAGCAGCCGUCCUGCUGUCCUUUGUGUCAGGACGUCCUGAAGGAUCCAGUCUCUAGCAGCUGUGGACACUGGUUCUGCAGACGCUGCAUGAGCUCAUACUGGAACCAGUCUGCUCCACCAGGACCGUCCUCCUGUCCACAAUGUGGAGAAAGAUCCAGAACCAGAGCUGGACUGCAGACAGCCAGUCAGAGCAGAACUGUACGAGUAGAUGCUGGUCUGCAGGAGGUCCUAGAUGAACACAAGACCAGUCUGAGGAGGAGAUGUGAACAUGUGACUGAAGGAAUUGAUGAAACAGGAAGUAGAACCCUCCUCAACAGGAUCUACACGGAGCUCUUCAUCACAGAGGGACUGAGUGAAGAGGCUGAUACCCAACAUGAGGUGUGGCAGCUGGAGACAGCUUCCAGGAUGAAGAUCCUCCAUGACGCUCCAAUCAGGUGCCAGGACAUCUUUAAAGCCUUACCGGGCCAACGUGGAGCCAUCAGAGUGGUUAUGACGAACGGUGUCGCUGGCGCUGGGAAAACCUUCUCGGUUCAGAAGUUCUCUCUGGACUGGGCCGAGGGCUGGGAGAACCAAGACGUCACCGUGGUGAUUCUGCUCUCGUUCAGGGAGCUAAACCUGAUCAGAGAUGAGCAGCUCAGUCUUCUCAGGCUGAUCCAGGUUUUCCAUCCAUCGUUCCAGAAGCUCACAGCAGAGCAGCUGGCUGCCGGGAAACCGUUGUUCAUCUUUGACGGCCUGGAUGAAAGCAGACGUUCACUGGACUUCAACAACGGUCCGGUGGUGUCUGACGUCACACAGAGCUCAUCAGUCAACGUGCUGCUGACCAACCUCAUCCAGGGGAACCUGCUUCCCUCAGCUCUCAUCUGGAUCACUUCCAGACCUGCAGCAGCCAAUCAGAUCCCUCAGAAACACGUGGACAGGGUGACAGAAGUACGAGGCUUCACCGACGGCCAGAAGGAGGAAUACUUCAGGAGGAGGUUCAGGGAUGAAGAGCGGUCCAGCAGCAUCGUCUCCCACAUGAAGACAUCCAGAACCCUCCACAUCAUGUGUAAACUCCCGGUCUUCUGCUGGAUCACUGCUACAGUUCUGGACUACAUGUUGACCACAGGGCAGAGAGGAGAGCUGCCCAAGACCCUGACUGACAUGUUCUCCCACUUCCUGCUGGUCCAGACCAAGAGGAAGAGGAACAAGUACCAGGAGGGACAUGAGACGGGUCCACAGGAGCUGACGGAGGCCGACAGGGCCCUUCUUCUGAAGCUGGGGAGGCUGGCGUUUGAACAUCUGGAGAAAGGAAACAUCAUGUUCUACCAAGAAGACCUGGAGCAGUGUGGUCUUGAUGUCCCAGAGGCCUCGGUGUACUCAGGAGUUUGUACCCAGAUCUUCAGGAGAGAGUGUGAGAUCUUCCAGAAACCCGUCUACUGCUUUGUUCAUCUGAGCAUCCAGGAGUUCCUGGCUGCAGUCUACGUGCUCCACUGUUACUCCACCAGAAACACAGAUGUGCUGAAGAACCUCCUGGGAGGAAAAUACAGAUACUCAUCUCUGGAUGACUUCCUGAAGAGAGUCAUGCUGAAAUCCUUGAAGAGUAAAAAUGGCCACCUGGACCUGUUUGUUCGCUUCCUCCAUGGUCUUUCUGUGGAGUCCAACCAGAGACUGUUAGGAGGUCUGCUGAACCAGACGGAGAACGAUCCAGGAACCAUCCAAACAGUCAUCAACAACCUGGAGAAGAAGAACACUGACGGUAUCUCUCCUGACAGAUGCAUCAACAUUUUCCAGUGUCUGAUGGAGAUGAACGACCUCUCAGUUCAUCAGCAGAUCCAAGAGUUCCUGAAGUCAGAGAACAGAUCAGAGCAGGAACUCUCUGGGAUCCAGUCUUCAGCUCUGGCCUACAUGCUGCAGAUGUCAGAGGAGGUUCUGGAUGAGUUCGACAUGAACAAGUACAAGACAACACCAGGGGGUCGAAGGAGACUGAUUCCAGCUGUGAGGAACUGCAGAAAGGCUCGAUUUGUUGGUUGUGAUCUCACUGUGACUCACUGUGAAGUUGUUGCGUCCGCUCUGAAGUCCAACCCCUCCCAUCUGACAGAACUGGACCUGAGCCUGAACCAGAACCUGCAGGAUUCAGGAUUGAAGCUUCUGUCUGGUGGACUGGAGAGUCCAAACUGUAGACUGGAGACUCUGAGAUUGCAGGACUGCAGGAUGUCAGAGAUCAGCUGUUCUUCUCUGGUCUCGGCUCUGAAGUCCAACCCCUCCCAUCUGGAACAUCUGGACCUCAGUCUGAACCAUCUGCAGGAUUCAGGAGUGAAUCAUCUGUGGGGUUUUCUGGAGAUUCCAGAUUGCAGAUUGGAGACUCUGAGAUUGCAGAGAUGCAGUAUGUCAGAGAUCAGCUGUUCUUCUCUGGUCUCAGCUCUGAAGUCCAACCCCUCCCAUCUGGAACAUCUGGACCUGAGUCUGAACAAGCUGCAGGAUUCAGGAGUGAAACAUCUGUGUGGUUUUCUGGAGAGUCCAGACUGCAGACUGGAGACUCUGAGGUUGGAGGGCUGUUGGUUGUCAGAGAUCAGCUGUUCUUCUCUGGUCUCAGCUCUGAAGUCCAACCCCUCCCACCUGAAACAUCUGGACCUGAGCUGGAACCAGCUGCAGGAUUCAGGAGUGAAACAUCUGUGUGGUUUCCUAGAGAGUCCAGACUGCAGACUGGAGACUCUGAGCUUGCAGUGCUGCGAUCUGUCAGAGAUCAGCUGUUCUUCUCUGGUCUCAGCUCUGAAGUCCAACCCCUCCCAUCUGAAACUUCUGGACCUGAGAUUCAACUACAAGCUGCAGGCUGCAGAUGUGGAGCAGCUGUCUGAUCUGGUGGAGAGUCCAGACUACCAGCUGCAGACUCUCAGGUCGGAGCGCUGCAGUUUGUCAGAGAUCAGAUGUCGUCUUCUGGUCUCAGCUCUGGAGUCCAACCCGUCUGAUCUGGAACAUCUGGACCUGAAUAGGAACGAGCUGCAGGAUUCAGAUGUGAAGCAGCUGUGUGGUUUCCUGGAUGGUCCAGACUGCAGACUGGAGACUCUGAGGUUGGAGAACUGCAGAAUGUCAGAGAUCAGCUGUUCUUCUCUGGUCUCACUUCUGAAGUCCAACCAUCUGAAACAUCUGGACCUGGGCAGGAACCAGCUGCAGGAUUCAGGAGUGAAACAUCUGUGUGGUUUCCUGGAGAGUUCAGACUGCAGACUGGAGACUCUGAGGUUGAAGGUAUGCAGUUUGUCAGAGAUCAGCUGUUCUUCUCUGGUCUCAGCUCUGAAGUCCAACCCCUCCCACCUGGAACAUCUAGACCUGAGUCACAACGACGACCUGCAGGAUUCAGGAGUGAAACAUCUGUGUGGUUUCCUGGAGAGUUCAGACUGCAGACUGGAGACUCUGAGGUUGGAGUGCUGUAGGUUGUCAGAGAUCAGCUGUUCUUCUCUGGUCUCAGCUCUGAAGUCCAACCCCUCCCAUCUGAAACAUCUGGACCUGAGUGGGAACCAGAACCUGGAGGAUUCAGGAGUGAAACAUCUGUGUGGUUUCCUGGAGAGUCCAGACUGCAGACUGGAGAUUCUGAGGUUGGAGUGCUGCAGGUUGUCAGGGAUCAGCUGUUCUUCUCUGGUCUCAGCUCUGAAGUCCAACCCCUCCCACCUGAAACUUCUGGACCUGAGUGGGAACAAACUGCAGGCUGCAGAUGUGGAGCAGCUGUCUGGUCUGGUGAAGAGUCCAGACUACCGGCUGCAGACUCUCAGAAUAAAAUGAACCAAACAGACGACGGUGGAGCAGGUGGAUUCUUCUCAGAGGAGACGUCCUCCUAUAAUCUCUCAACACCAGUAAAGUUUGGUGAAGCUUGUGUCUCCACCAACCUCCACCUCUCCCUCAUCAAACACCCUGGUCUGCUCCCACCGCACCUUCCUGCUCUCAGACUAACAUUCCUUCUGUCCCUGCUCCUAAAUCUGCUGAAAGCAGCAGUGAAGAGACACAACAGCGUGAAGAAGAAGACUCCAACCUGGGAGAAGGAUGUGAGCCUUUUAUCAGAAUGAAGCCAAUCACAGCGAGCAACGCUCCGCCUUCCUCUGGUCCUCUAAAACUCUCCACCACAGGUUCCUGUGAGAGGAAGGAAAAGUCCUGCAGCAGGUCCCGUUCAAGCAGCUUUCCCUCGCCCACUCAUCAACCUUCUGCAGAAAGCAGAGCCCUAAAAAGAUGUGGAAGUUUCCCUGCCGGGAACCUGAACAGCAGCUUUGAGGAGUUCCCACCUGCCUGCAGUGAUGAGUCUGCUGGUGAAAGCUCCAGGUUCCAGUGCUCCGUCCAGGUCAGUACCAGUGCAGAGAGACUGGUGUUUCACAUGAAGGACGGAGGCCCGGUUCCGUACAGGAUCCUUCCUUGGAGCAGGAGCCAGUUGAGCCCACAUCACAAGAAGCUGCAGGAGCCUGUUUGACCUCAGGUGUGUGAAGGAGGUCCAUGUGUCAGCUUCACCUCCCUCACUGUCAGAUCCACAGGGGGAUGUCGCCUCUUGUCGGUCGCUCACGUGAACCAUGAUGUCAUCCAGUUCAUCAGGACUCAGAAGAUAACAGAAACUCAUGUUGUCAUCCACGUCACGGGGUUUUCUAGUUUUGGUAACGUCAAAGAUGAAGACUCUCCCUCAGGUCCGAUCAGAGCGUUGGUUCUGCCGUUCUACAAGCCUCCACAGGGUCCAGACACUGAACACAUCAUCAAUUAACGUGUUGUUGCUCCCACAUAAUGUUUCUAUUAUACACAUGUGUUUAUUGAUUUUUCUUUUAAAUCUCAAUUCAAUUAAAUUAAAUUUUAUUUGUAUAGCGCCUAAUACAACAAAAGUUGUCUCUAGGCACUUUCAUGAGACCCAGAACAUAAAGCCCCAAGCAAUUAUUACAUAAACAAUGGCAGGUAAAAACUCCCCUAGUGGGAGAAAAACCUUAAGCCAAACAGUGGCAAGAAAAACUCCCCUUUAGGAGGAAGAAACCUGGAGCAGGACCUGGAUCAUAAGGGGGUAGAAACCUGGACCAGGACC